CCCUACCUAUAAAAUAAAUAACAGUUUAAUCAAUAGUAGGUAUUAUACAAUACAUCAGUUCGACACGCAGCUGUUCAUGCCUCGCAUUUGCCGGUUACUAAUCACUGAUAACGAAUAAUGAUAAUGUUAAAAGCAAGAAUACUACAAUAGGUAAAAACGAUUUUUAAACUAAAAAAUAUGUAUAAAUUAUUUUUCCUUAUAUACGAAUAAAUACAGAUGUUAUAGUAUUAAUAAAAUAGUAACAUAGUAUUAAUAUGGUUCGCGUCAUAACAGCCUACAACUUUGAAGGCCAAAAGGUAGAUACCUGUGCCGAUCCAGUCGCUUUCACGUCAGCUCCUCCAAACAGGUAAACAUUACAAGCAUCUGUAAUGAUUCUAGGUUAAAAAAAACCCUCUUUACUUACCCACUAUUUUCUAGAUUGUUAAUUGCAUUAGCUUAUCAUGCUAUUGAGGUUCGAGACCUGUCAGAAGAACCCAAGCCCACCUAUACGAUACCCACUGUUGACCAAGUGAUCCAGUUGUCAUAUUGUACAUCUGGAAACUAUAUUGUGACACUAGAAACAAAGCAAAAGAGAUCUGGAGACGAUUUGUUGUACGUAAGAGUCUAUUGCAACUGGGAACAAUGUAGCCAGGGAACUCCACCAUUACGGGCUAGGAUAGCCGGACGUGUUACGCCUACUGGGUCUCAAAUUGGAGACAAUGCUUUGGAUAUGAUCGAAAUUCCAGUCAAGUUUACCACAGUCAAUUCGUUUGCCUGUUGUCAGGUAAUGCAAAAUAAAAUAUCACAAGGUGAGAUUAUGUGCAUAGGCAUAUAGUUAACAUAUUUCAAUACACCUAUUUUUAUGUAUUUUCAAAUUUUCUCUCAAGUUAAUACAUAAGUAUUGUAAACUAUAAACAAUAAUUUAACAAAAUAGAUAUUUACAAAACUAAUUCAAUUAAUAACUUAUAGGAGACAGGGAACAUUAUCAUUGCAUCUAAGUGUACCCUCAGUAUUUUUAGAAUGGUUAUAAAAACACAUGACAUAUCUCGACUACGAUUUUUGGAUUUCGACACGUGGCCAAUGGUAAUGGAUCUUAAGUUUAAUGUCUGUGAUUUACAAAUGGAACAAGAUAUUGUAGCGGUAUUUGGGGAACAAAUAAUUCAAGUAUUUCAAAUUCUUAAAGGUGAAAUGUACCUAAUAAAUUGUAAUUUAAUGAAAUGUAUUUUUAUAAUUAUUUUAUUUAUAGAUACUAAAAAAAUAUUAGAUUGGACUUCUGCCCCUAAUAUCACGAAAUCAAGUUAUAUUCAAGAAGACCUUGAGCAACCUGAGAUUUCACCGAGUGGACCUAUUAAUCUAAAUCAGUUACUAAAGUCUAAAAAUGAUUCUUAUCUAAAACAACUGGUUAACCCAAAAUGUUUUCCGAUUAUGGUGGUAACUCCAGGCUUUGAUGAUAGUGCAUUGGUUGACCAAGAAGAAAAUGCUCCAUUUAACAUUGUUUCUCUGCCUAUAAAUAUAAAUGAAACAGAAGCUAAUGAUGUAUAAUAUUUAUAUUUUAUUUUUAUUAUUAUACAAUUUAAUUUUAUAGCUAUUUUUAAAAAAAUUUUCUUGUAGCCUUGGAGUGAACCUAUUCACUGGAAAGUAAAAAUGUUAUUACAAUUGAAAUUAAAUAUCAGCAGAUGUCAUGGUGCAAAUGAACGUAUAAAAACUGUAUUAUUGCAUUUAGUUUAUAAACGACAUGAAACUUCAAAAGCAUUAGGUAACUCAGCUCCAUUGUUAAAAACAACGUAUUUUGAAAUAAAUUUAAUUAUUUUUUAGAAUGGACCUUUCCACGUUUCCGCACUGAAAUUUAUAAUCAAUUAGUAUGUAUCAACUGCUUAAUAAGUUUAAAAGAAGAAGCAUUUGUGUUUCAUUCAUUUGUGGUGCAUGAAAAAAAUGAGGUCAAGGUUUGUACACAAAUUGAUGAAAUUUCAAAAUAAUUUCUUAUAUUAUUAUGAACACUACAUUAUAAAUUUGAUUUUAGAUGACUCCUACACAAUGCAUUACUGUUUAUAAUUUUACGUCGCCAGUUGUUAACAUUUUUAUGGAUCGUUCAGUACUACACGUAUUAACUACCACUAGCUUAGAAACCUACACAAUUAGAUUAUUUCCUUCUUCGAGUCCUUCUCCGGUAUAUACAAUUUAUACUAAAAUUAUAAAAAUAAUGAUUUAAAUAUUAUUAAAAUAAUUAUAUUAGUAUUAUAUUAUUUUAAUUUUUAGUCACAGAUUUUAUCUGAACGUGUUACACUAAUUGGUCAUAAACCAUUUUUGGGUAUAGUUGACAUGGUACUUUUGGAAAAUAAAUUGGUUAUUUUUACAUCUGCAAACUCAAAUCAAGAUAAUAAGUAAAAAUAAAUACCUUACAUUUUUUAAUAUGAUAAACUUGCUAUUAUUCAUAUGUUUUUAGGUUAAACAAUAGUUGGACUCUUUACAUGUUGAUUCUGCCUUCUCCUAGUAAUAUUUGUAAAGUUCUCACAUUUAAAGCAAGGAUUUCUAGAUUCAAAACGCCAAAUAAGUAUAUUCAUUUGAUAAAAGAAGCUUUAAAUAUAUCUGAUAUUGUAGAAAAUUAUACAUAUCGUGGCUGUGGUUCUGCGCGUUUGUGUAACAACGAUUUCAAAAAGUUUUGCUGUCUUGUUGCAGACCAUUAUUUUUUGUAAGUUUAGUAAAUCAAUUAACAUCAUUUUAAAUGUUCUAUUGAUUAGUUUAAUGAUAUAGGUUUGAAAAAGAUGGAUGGGAAUGGUCUUACAAACUCUAUGAAAAAGCUAAUUUAUUACCAAUCGAUGUAUUUAUACGAAUGAAACAAGUAGAAGAUCUGUAUAAGCGUGUAUGUAAAAACUGAAUUUAUUUUAAUCUAAAUAUUGAUAACAUUAUCUAAAUUAUAAUUUAUUAUUUUCAGGUGAAACGUAUAGUGAACACUACCUCAGCAAUAAAAUUUUACAUUCGUUCAUGGAUUCAUGAUCAUGGGGAACAAGUUGAUUUAAAAACAUUAAUGUACGGGAUAAAAAUGGCGGAAAAAAGUUGUGAUUUAUUGUAUGUUGCUGAACUUGUUCUAGCAGAAGAAUCCAUUAGAAAAUUACCUCUUAACAAUGCCAUUAAACAUAUUAAAGACAAUUUAGAAGCCAGGUACCUAACACAUAUUUUCACUAUUAUUGUAUCAUAUUCCUGUAUUUAAAAAUAAUUCCUUGAUUGUAUUUAUAUGACCUUAAAAUAAUUUUUUUUAUCGGUCUUACAUACAUCUUUGUAAUAAUAAUAUUACAAUUUAGAUUCUAAGCGGAGUAAGGAAUGUAUUAGUUUUACAAUAAUGUUUAUUUGUUGUUUUUUACAUAUAAUGUGUACAAAAAUUCUACCAAAAAUCUUACUCUGAUAAAUCAAGUGUAGCAUUUUUUCUGAAAGAUAAUUUUAUCUAGUUAGUACUUUAAGAAUGUCAUUUUAUGAUUUUCCAAGCAAUUUUCAUAAUAAUUAGGAAAAACUUAGAAAAACCGGGAUAAUUUAUAAAAUGUAUUAUAUUCAAUUUAUUUUUGUUGUGAUUUAGUUCAAUAUAUCUGUAGAGCCUUGAAAUUUGAUCAGAGAACUUUUAUUUGUCUUUUCUAGACAUUUUAAUUUUGCAAGUUUUUUUACAUAAUUUUUAUUCAAUAGGCACUCGAUAGAUAAAAUUUUAAGACCAACCAGAAAUGCUUGACAAUUUAACAAGUUCAUUAUAAAUUUUACUUAGUGAUCAAUAAGAAAAAGUUGAGUUUAAAUUUAUUUUUUUUUUUAAGAAUUUUAAUAUAAAACUUUGAUGUAAAUAUUACAGCCUUAAAAUAUAGAUAACCAAAUUUUGCUCAGAAUUGUUUUUCGUUAGAAAUUAAUUAAUAAUUAAUUAUUGCAUACAGAUGUACACUAAAUUUUCCCUCUACCUUUCCAAUUUCUCAUCUACAACAGUGGCCAUAAGAUUAAGUACAUAAGAUUCUAUUUAUUUGUUUUCCUAAUCAUAGUUAUAAAGUGAAUGACUUAGUUUUUGACCCAAGUGAAAUAAGUUUUACUAAUUAUAUUUGAAUACAAAUGUCUUCUUAAAAACAAAUGUUGAAUGUAUUGGUUUAUUAAAAUUGAUGUUUUUAAAAUACUAAUAUUAAUAUAGAGCAGAAUGAAUUAUAUUAUUUACAUUUUAGUAUUUUACUCUCAUUUCUUAUAUUAAAAUUUAUAUUGCAUUUGUUGUCUUAGUUAUGAAUGGAAAGGAGCUUUGACAUUUGCAUUGCUGUUCUUAUACUCAGUUUCUAAUAUUGAAACCAAGGAUGUCUCAGAUAUAUACAAUGAAGGGGAUGAAGUUUCAAAUAAAUCAUUUGUUCAAUUUUGCAUAACCUAUUCUAAUUUAUUAAUAGAGCAAGUAAGUAUAGUUUUCUUAUUUCAAUUAUAGUGUACAAACAUUUUAAUUAAUUUUCUCUUGAAUAAACUAUCAUAUAAAUAUGAUAAUCAAUGUAAUUUUAGGAUUCUUCAUUUUCUGACUUUUCACUAAUCUUGAUGCAAGAAGCUCCUAUUUUAAUUGCUCAUGGUUUCGCUGAAAUUGUUUCUUCUAGUCAAUCUAUAAAACUGCGUAAAGUCAUUCAAGCAUUUCAAAAAUAUAUUGGAUCUCAUAUGUACUCUACAAAUGUAACAGAAGUCUUUAAACGAUUUCUCGAAUUACAUUUCUCACGGUCUUACAAACAUGAUAAAAAACCAGAUCUCAACAAGAAAUAUGUUUGUGAUGCUAUUAAGGUGACACAAUUAUAUAAUUUUUUUGUGACUUUUAUAUAUUAAUUAUUAUAUUUGUUUGAUUUUUCCAGAUUUUAUUUCGACAAUAUUUGACAGAUCUUACUAGGCCAACCACAGAAAAUUGUGUGCAAACUAACUCAAGGGACUGGAAAAAUAUCUAUAAUUCACAAAUUCCUAGUUACAUACAAAUGUUACCAUGUUAUAAUAGCAACAAUGAAAAUCUGAUAAAACUACAGAGUUUGUUUUACACCAACUGGCUUACCAAAGAUUUUAUUGAAGAUAUAAAACAAUUCUUGCCAUUAUUAAACAAACCUCCUUUAAGCUUAGAGAUUAUGGCCUUGGCAAACACUAUGAAAACAAUUGAAAUACUUGUAGAAAAGUGUCCUCAAGCCGUUCUUAAAUAUUCAAUGGUUAAUUUUUUUUUUAUUUUACAUACACACUAUACUUUUGUCUUAUGGUAUUUAUGGUUUUACUUUUAGGAUUGUUUAAAGUCUACAUCUGAAUGGAAACAUUUAAUACAUUUAUUAGAAAAAAAAACAAAAUCAGAUGUUGAUAAUCAAUCCAAGUACCAUGAAGUGUUACACGGUAAAGACAAUAUUAGACACACAUUAUUUUUGUUUAUGGUUUUUUCGUAUAAUUUUAAAUGUAUGUGUUUUCAGAUAUGCUAGAGUUUUUAUCACAUACUAUGUGCGUUGAGGAGUUCUGUAGUGUUAUCCCUGUUGAAAGUUCAAAAACUAUAAGUCCCAACGAAUAUCAACCAUAUAUUAUUACUUGUCAAAAGAUUAAUCAAGCUGAUCAAAUCAAGUCAAUGGUUAUGGCCACUGGUCAACAACUUUUAGCUUCUCUUAAUUUCAAAUAAAUUUCUUAGAAAAAUAUUACCUUUUUGAAUUUUUUAAAUGCUUUGGUUCACAAACUUAUAAUGUAUGAAUCACUGUGCAUUUGUUAGUGUUUCUAAUUAACAAUCAUAAAACACAUGCAUCUAUUAAACUGUUAUUGAUUUUCAUGUUGUAAAUGUUUUAUAUAAUUAGUUUUCAUAAGACAGUGGCUAGUUUAUCAAUAACUAUUGACCUAAUGUUAAAAUGUGCUGUACCUUCUUUUAGUACUUAAAUAUGAAAUCAAAAUCUAUGUUAACAAAGCACUUAAAAAGUACAAUUUUGUAAUAUUAAAUAUUUUAUUUAAAAUCUGUGGCCAUAAAUUUACCUAUGCUAAAAAAUUUAAAUCUAUUUUUACAUUGAUAUCAAUUUUUUGCUUUGUUAACUUUAAAUUUAAUUAUUGUUAUGCUUAGUAUGCGUUUAAACCACAGCUAUAAGUAUGAGUAAUC